GUUAUUGAAACAUAUAUACAUGGUGAUUUUCAUACCGAUAAGUUCUUUACCACUUACAUAUGGAAACAUAAUGAUUGUCUCGUUAAAUAAAAUAUAUUUUUUAUUUUUUAAAUAUAGCCCAUUAUGAUAUUCAGUUUUUUUUAAAAAAAUAUAUAAUUUCUUAGUGUAAUAAAUCUCAUUAAUUCAGUAAGAUUUUCCAUAUAAAUACCAAUUAAGAGGAUUAAAACCCUAAACAAGAAGACUGCGAGACGAAUCUAACAGCGACUCUUGGUCACCCAAAGUCAGAAAACCCCCCUAGAAUUCUACGUGAAAGCGGGCGAGUUACACAAUGUCAACGACGACCGUGCAGCAGACGAAACCAGUUUUCGUGAAGGUGGAUGAGCUAAAACCAGGAAAAAACGGCUAUAACUUGACCGUGAAAGUAGUUGAAUCCAAUCCCGUCACACCAGCGACCCGUAAAAAUGGUUCGUUGACGCGGCCAUUUCGAACUCAUCGUAUCGCCGAGUGCCUUAUCGGUGACGAUACUGGAUGCAUCCUUUUCACUGCUCGCAACGAUCAAGUUGAUGUAAUGAAGACUGGGGCAACUGUUACUCUGAGGAAUGCAAAGAUCGACAUGUUUAAGGAUACGAUGAGAAUGGCCGUUGACAAAUGGGGACUCAUUCAAGUCACUGAUCAUGUUUCCUUCGAGGUUAACCGACAAAACAAUCUUUCUCUGGUAGAAUAUGAACUCGUCACUGUACCUGUUCAGUAACUUAUGUAUGUCACUGCUUUUCACGUUUUAUUUUACUAAGUUUAACUUUUCAUAGAAUUCUCUAGUGCACCAGUGGAUUAAAUUCAGUAUGGUUAUGAAUUUCUUUUAAUCCGUUGGUUUAGUUUUAAGACGAGAUUGUGUAAUAUAUAUUUUUUUCUGCACAGCUCUUGAUGUUUUUACCUCAGAGCUUGUUGAUUAAAUUGGUGUUGGUCUUAUGAUUUUAUUU